AUGCCGAUGCUGAAGCACCAAAUCCUUCCGAAGGUCAUCCCUCCCGACCAGUUCGAGCAGGGAGUGUGUUUGGGCAAGUAUUAUGGGUUCGGUGCUCAAAUUCUCUACCACUGCAUUCUUGCAACUUGUUUCUUUGCAUCAGCAUGGAAGCCACUUCCGGGGCUUUGCCACAUGGCGACUUUGGCAGAGCCCGCGUACUGCACUUUGGAUGUCAUGAUAUUGAUUGGCACAGGGACGUCCUUCACACAUUGGCAGGCGAUCGUUUGGC